AUGCAAGAGAAGACGUACCAUGAGUUGCUGCAGAAGUCCGGCGGAGUAAAAGUCAACAGGUGUAAGGUGUUCGUGUUUGGGAUGGCGGAAACUGGGAAGUCUACGUUUAAGGAAAGUCUUCAAAGGGGCCUCGUGGCUGCACUACUCCAAGGACUGAGUAAGCCGUCAUCACAGGAGGAGCCUCACCACCCCACCCCAGGGGUGGAUGUUGGGACGUUCCAUAUUCCAGGGGUGGGGGAGGUCAGCCUGUGGGACUUCGCUGGGCAGGCGGAGUAUGCGGUGACCCACAGCAUGUUCAUGGAUGCAGAGAACACCGUCUUCAUCGUGCUGUACAACAUCAUGGACGACAGUGAGACCCAAAAACUACAGGUCCACUGGUGGCUGUGUUUCAUCAAGUCCUGCAACCCGAACCGGCAGCCUGACGUCAUCUUAGUGGCCAGCCAUGCAGACAAAGUGUCACGAGACAGAGGACUGCGCCAAGCUGCUCAUCUUCUGCAACUGAUGACGUUAGAGUUCAAAGAUCACCUCCGCAUCUCAGACGAAGUCUUCUUGAUGAACUGCAGAGAGACCCGUACACCUGAGAUGGACCGGCUCAAAAAACUGUUGGCGAAGAUGAAGAUGGCCAUGUCAGAGCAUCAGCGACAGAUGCCCAAACUGUGCGCCGAAAUUAUCAAGCAGCUACCCAGCUGGUGUAAGAAAAAGUGCAGCCCGAAGUGCCCUGUACUGAGGUGGCCAGGCUACGUGGAAGCAGUCAAAGAGAUCGACCCACUUGUGGAUGAGGAAUUCCUGCGGAAGUUUACAAUACUUUUGGACCAUCAGGGGGAGAUAAUCUUCAACUGUCCGACUUCUUCUGAUCCCAUCAUUGUUCUGAAGCCUAAUUGGUUCUGCACAGACGUCAUCGGUCCAAUGAUGGCACCAGUCAACUUCCCUAUUCCCCGCCUGGCGAGAACAAGCGAAGGCUACGUCACCAGGGCGGAGAUCCAGCGCGUCUUCCAAGACGUUGCUGACAUAGAUCUCCUAAUCACCCUGCUGCAAGAGUUCCAGCUCUGCCACACCUAUAAUGGAUUGGAGUUUAUCUUCCCAGGGCUGCUGACACAAACCAUGCCGUCUGACAAGUGGCAACUCACACAAGAGCCGAAGGUGGUCUACUUUGGGAAGCAAGUCCAGUGUGCCGACUCAACCGACAUGUUCUCCUCCGGGUUCUUCCCCCGAGUGCAGACCCGCCUGAUGAGGGAGCUGGAGAAUCACCCGCUGCUGUGGAGAGAUGGUGCCAAGUGUGCGGACAUGAAUGUGGAAGGUCUGAUCAAACUCUCUCCGGACAGUCGUGCAGUCAACAUCUGUGUCCGAAGUGCGCAGGGUGACAAGGUGCAGUGUGGCAAGAUGCUGCAGCAGCUGGAGAUCAUCAUCGCUGAUGUGCUCUAUGACUGCAGCCCAGGAACAGGAACAGUAGAGAAUGUGCUCACCGCUCGUGCACUGAAGGAACAUAGGGAGGAAUUCUACUCCUAUGGAAAAGAGGAGAUCAGCAAGGCAGCAGCAGAGGGCGGUACAACCCCCCAUCCCACCCUCGGGUUCACGGAACAGGUCAGUGACCUGCUGUGCAGAGAGGAAGAGGAUCUGCUCACCAGGAAUCGCCCAGAGCUGGUCCAGACCCUGAGGCACGUGGAGCCAAUCCUGGACCACCUGCAGACAUGUGGCAUCCUCACCAUAGAGGAAUGUGACGUCAUCAGGGCCAACGGCACGCCCCAGGAUCGCGCACGCGCGCUGCUGGACACGGUGGGGACGAAGGGGGAAGACGCACUUCAGGUGUUCCAGUCAGUCCUGAGGGAGGUUGAGCCCCGAGCAGCAGACUUGUUGAUGUCGUCGAUGAUGUCCACCCAGCGGACCGAUGAGCCACAGGGCAUAGAGGACCAGCUGACCAGACAUCGCCCUGAGCUGGUGCGGUCUCUAAGCCAUGUGGAACCGCUCCUGGACCACCUGCAGGCACGUGACGUCAUCAGCACAGAGGAAAGUGACAUCAUCAGGACGAGGUCUACGAGCCAGGAACGCGCACGCGCACUGCUGGACACCGUGGGUACAAAAGGAGGAGACGCACGUGAUGUCUUCAGCGCCGUCCUGGAAGAGGUGAACCCGGAAGCGGCGGAAAUGAUGCUGUCCACGUAA